AAACAAUACCACAUUAUCUAAAUAAUGUAAAUAUUUAAAUUUAAAUACCAUUGUAAAGUUAUAAAACCUAGUAAUAAGAUAUAGAAUGGCACCUCAGUUUCAGUUAUUUCACCGUAGAAGGCAGUUGAUAAAAUUAUGGGUUCGCAAAUUCUGGAGCCAAUAAUAACAACCGCAAAUGGUAAGGUGAGGGGUCGACUUCGCGAAGGUAUCUACGGUGAUACCUAUUAUAGUUUCGAUGGCAUACCUUUUGCAAAGCCACCACUUGGCAAAUUACGCUUUAAAUCACCGCAGCCGGUCGACACUUGGCUUGGCGUACGCGACUGUACCAUAUGCCCGCCUAAAUGUAUGCAAAGUAAUCGUUAUAAUGGCGCAAUUGAAGGUGUUGAGGAUUGCUUGUAUUUAAAUGUAUUUGCGAAGAAGUUAUAUUCUACAAAGUCCUUGCCGGUCUUGGUAUAUUUGAUUGGUGGACGUUUUACAACUGGCGGCGCCUCGCGCAAUAUUUGGGGUCCAGAUUACUUAAUGAUGAAAGAUGUAAUACUUAUAAGUAUUGGAUUUCGAUUGGGUGCUUUUGGAUUCCUCAGUUUUCCGGAACCUGAACUUCAAGUUCCUGGUAAUGCGGGUCUCAAAGACAUACUCUUGGCAUUGCAGUGGAUUAAGAGAAAUUGUCAGUACUUUAGUGGCGACCCCGAUAAUAUAACGCUAUUCGGACACAGCUCGGGCAGCGCAGAAGCACAGCUACUUAUGUAUUUGCCGCAAUGUGAAAAUCUCUUUCAUAAAGUCAUACUGAUGUCUGGCAUGCAAAUGCAUUUACACCGUAUUCCCCGACUAGAGUAUCGUUUCGCAAAGCACUUGGGCUAUACGGGUAAAGAGGAUAAUCAGGCUAUACUUGCCUAUCUCAGCGCAUUGCCAGCAGAGCGUCUCUGUAAUCUACAAAUUUGGACGCCAGAAGAGCUGGAACAAAGCAAUUUCUUGGUAUUCUCUCUUACAAUUGAAAAUAAGUAUGCACCAGAUGCUAUACUGACCAAGGACCCACUUGAUAUGUAUGCCAAUAAGCAAGCUUGGUGUAACAGUAUACCGUUGGUGUUAGGUGGCAACUCGUUUGAGUCCCUUAUGCAUUACAAUUAUUUCACUAAGCAACCUAAACUAUAUGAAACUCUCAGAAAACAUCCUGAGUAUUUGCUGUCACACGAAGUGAGAGCGAAAUGUGAUGUGCACGCACAGCAACAGCUAGCAAACAAGCUCAUCCACUUGCAUUUAGGUGCAAAGGAAUUGAAUAUUGAACAAUCGCUUGAUGUCAUGCGUUUGUCGUCAUAUGAUUUUAUGUACCAUCCGAUAUAUCGCUAUCUUCAAGCACGCCUACCUAAUGCCCAGGCACCUACCUAUCUAUAUUGCUUCGAUUUUGACUCACCUUACUUCAACUUGUAUCGUAUAAAGCAUUGUGGACCUGAAGUACGUGGCGUAUCCCAUGUAGAUGAGCUUUCCUAUAUCUUCUUAAUGCCAGACUCAUUUAAGCUACAGCGCAACUCAAAGGAGUUUAAGAUUAUUGAGUGCAUGACAGCUUGGAUUACAGCGUUUGCUCACAAUUCGGAUCCUAAUUGUAAGGAUUUAAGCAGUGUAGUUUGGAAACCACUGACUUUAAAAGGUGCCCACUAUAGUCUUAAUAUUAGCAAUCAAGUGAGCUUUGUGAAAUGGCCAGAGGAGGAGAAGUGCGAAUUAUGGAAUCAAUAUUAUGAGGAGGCAGGCAUAAGAACCUUUUAGUUGACAUUUAGUUUUAUAGUGUGCGUAGUAGUAGCUCCUGUUAGUAGUUUGUUUUAUAAUAAAAUAUAAGCAACUAUUUUAAAAAACUCUA